AAUCCUUCUCAGUUUGAAGGUCAUCUUCAUCUUCAGGAUUAACCGUUUUCUACUUUUACUUCUUUCUUUUAUGUAUAUGAAAUUAAUCGAUUGAUAUAUUUCUCAUACUUGUAUUCAUCUUUGCCAUUACAGUUCACAAUCCAAUUUGGGUCGAUUUCAGCUCAUUAUGGAUAAUGAUAAUAUGAACUUGAGCAAAAGGCGUAAAAGACAAUCAUCAUCAUCAUUAACAAUGGUGGAUGGAAAUGAUGGUGAAGACAGAAUUUCGAAACUUCCUAAUUCAGUGAUCGUUCACAUCCUAUCCUUUCUCAAAACUGAAAACGUGGUUCCGACAUGCGUUCUUUCAAAGCGUUGGAAGUUUAUCUGGUAUUCAGUCCCCACAAUCUUUUUCUCCAUGACUGGUCUCUGUAGUAGAAUGGACACCGCACAGUAUUUGGAAUGGCAACAGGACCCAGAAAAGUUCUACAUUUAUGUUGAAAAAUAUUUGGAACACCGUAAGAAAGGUAUGUAUUUUAUAGAAAAUUCAAUUUCAACUAGUUUUAAGCUUGAAAUGUUUGGUUACUAUAAAAAAAGUAAGGCUGGGAUCGUAGAUAAAUGGUUAGCUUUUGCAGUUGAGAAUAAAGUUAAGGAAAUAAAUCUUAGCAUAGGCAGAGACAAAGACAAUGGAGGUUGUUGCUACUGCUUACCCAAAAUACUUGUCAAUGCAACAUAUUUGACUAUUUUGGAGUUGUGUGGAGUAGGAUUGAAUACUUCUCAUUCAUUUAAUUUCCCAUCACUAAAAACUUUGUCAUUGGAAUAUGUUUGGCUUUCCCAUACUGCAAAGGAGGAUGUGGUAGUUAAGUUUUUGUUGGGUUGUCAUUCUCUUGAGAAAUUGCAGUUAUGUAGAUAUGAAUUCUUGCAUAUUGAUGGUAAGCUUCGACUGGGAAGCUUGAGCCUUAAGUUCUUGGAAUUGGAACAUACAAUAAAUGUUGAUGACAUAAAAGUUGAGGCCAUAAAUCUUGAAUCUUUAGUACUAAGGGGUGCUUCGGUGCGCAAUAUAAAUUUCUCUGCUUGCAAGAAAAUUAGAAAUCUCUUGUUAGAUGAUACUAGUGAUGAAUUCGAGCCAUUGUUACACACUCUUCUUGCUAAUAAUCCUCUUCUUGAGAAUUUGACUUUGAUCUUCCAUCAUUUACAUGAGAACCAUCUCAAAAUCUCGGGUAAAGAGUUGAAAAGUUUCAAUUUUACGAGUUCUUACUUUGGACCGUGCAAUAUUACGAUUGAAUCAGCCCCGAAAUUAGCAUACUUUUGUUACGAAGGUCAUAUGGAUCUAAGCAUAUCAAUAGAGCCAUCUAUUUCCUUGAGUGGAAAAAUUGUGAUACUUGAGGGGGAGACUGAGUAUGUGGAUGAUCGCUAUGAGGCGGCCUGGUUUACUGAUAUGUUGAAUUUUCUUUUGAAUCUCAAUUGCUCUUGGAAUACUAUUAGCCUACAUGUUGUGGAAUAUGAGGCUCUUAUUUGGCCAGAAAAGUUGAAAAGGGUAUGUCGUUCUCCAUUGCUUAAUUGGAAACAUCUCAAAGUUAUUACCAAAUGUAGUAAUCCUAAAAGAAUAUCGGAUUUGAAGGACUCGUUGAUGUGGAUUUCACCUUCUUUAGAAACAUUGUCUAUUAAUGAAAAACAUAUAUUUUAGUUGCUUUAAAACAAAGUAACUGCUGAUUAUAAGUUCAAGAAUGAUUUUUUUUCUAUUAGUUUUAGAUUAGAAAAUGGUAUGUAGUCUCUUAUGGCAUCGUGUUUAUUUUAUCAGUAGCUUUGUACUAAUGAUGAACUUGACUACAUGAGAAUUAUGCAACAAAUCGAAGCAAUUUCCCAAGUAAAUUUUUAGACA